AACCACAGUUUCUUUCUUCUUCGUCUCGAGGAGCUACAGCAAUGGCAGUUCUCAAGCUCAUCCUCACUCAUGCUCGCCGCCAUUCCUUUGCCAAACCUCCUUCUCUUUCAACUCCCCAGUUCCUUCACUUUCGUAGAUCACUCUCUUCCUCUCAAUCUGAUUCAAACCCAGAUCCCGAGUCUCCCCCUGAUCAAUCCUCUCCAAGAACCUCUCGUUCCGUUCCCAUUCAGCCAGUUUCCUAUGCCGUCAAGCCCAAGCAAGAAGCCGAUGAGAACCAAGAUUCCCCAGAACCGCUUCAAUCUCCUCCGCCUCCACAGGGGCCGCCGCCGCCGCCACGCCCUGAAGGUCGGAGGACGUGGACUCGUGAGGAUGUUCGGUAUAUGAAGGAUAGUCCAUCUAUAACUCCUGUUUCUUAUGCGGCGCGUGUUGCUCCGCUUCCGGAAGAUACGGGUUCGGGUGGAGGAGAAGAGGGUGUGGUGAGUGGGCAAAUGGAGGAGGAAAGGAAGAAAAUUGAGGCGGCGAAUCAAUGGAGGAGGAGGGUUUUGAAGGUUGAGGAGGAUAAAGUUACUGCUCCAUUUCCAAUGCUGAUCAAAGUCGAGAAGAAGGAACAGAAGGUAGUUCUUGAUUUGACGGACGCUAUCCGGCAAGUGAAGGCUGCUGCCAAGGGAAAUUUUGAUGAGACUGUUGAAGCACAUGCAAGAUUGGGGGUUGAUGCUAGGAAAAUGCAAGUUCUGGGUAACAUGACUCUGCCCCAUUCCAUUGGGAAGACUGUCAAAGUGGCUUUCUUUGCUGAAGGGGCUGACGCUGAGGAAGCAAGGGCUGCUGGAGCUGAUAUUGUAGGUGGCGUUGAACUUAUAGAGCAAAUUGCAAGCAGUCGGAAAUUCAAUGCUGACAAGUGUUUCUCUACCCCUGAAAUGAUGAGGCGCAUCGGCAAGAUUUCCAAGAUUUUGAGACAGCGUGGAUUGCUACCAGAUCCUAAACUAGGUACUGUGACCAGUGAUAUCAAAGGAGCCUUAAAGAAAGCAAGAGAAGGACACAUGCAUUUUAAAAUGGAUUCCACAUCUAUUGUGCAUGUGGGGCUUGGGAAGGUGAGUCAUUCAGAAGAGUUCUUACGAGAAAAUAUUGGUGCAUUUGUGAAUGCUCUUUUGCUUGCAAAGCCUGCCGGCUUGAAAAAAGCCUCAAAAUAUGCUGGAUAUUUAAAUUCCUUCCACAUAUGUAGCACGAUGGGUCCCGGAUUCCCAAUCACAAUACAAUCACUGUCCAAAGUUGCAGAUCAAUACAACAAAAAGUACUUAAGUGGCGUAGUUCGCUGAAAUCUUUGAUAUAGUUUGUUUAUCACUAAACACCAGCUGUGAUUUUUGUGGUCUUCAAUACUCCUUGUGACUUGCGAGACUCGUAGCUGCUUGUGGAAAAUAAAAGGCAAGCUUUCUUAUAAAGAUAAAGUGGGGAUUUGAGAGAGAGUUCGGAUAUCUUCCAUUUUUCUCUCUUUAUUAAUUAAAUCCGUGAUUAGUUGUCUUAUCUGAUCUUACAAAUUGAGGUAUGUAUUCAUUAUUGGGAGAAUUAAUGGCAAUUUAAAAAGUAGGCUGUUUGUGGUUUA